UGUGUGUUUCAAGUGUGUGUCAGCGUGCGUACUGCCGCUGCUUCCAAUGCACCGCAUAGGGCACGCGUUGCUUAUCGGGCUAGCGAGUUUGCGGCUGGCUAGCUGCUUCAUUCGAGGUCCUGCCCUUCAGCACAGGUGGUUCAGCGAUCUCGCCACAAACUGCAACGACGUAAACACACCGGCGGCUUGCGUGUCUGCCGAGCGAGUUGGUUGCCCACUUUUGCUGCUGGGUAUAGCACACACAUCACGAGUCAGAGUGAAACAGGUUGCACACAUUGUUUCGCGAGAACAGGCUUUCAACGACAGCAGCAGCGGUAGCGGCAGCAGUAGCGGUAGCAGUAGCAGCCCUGAGGCGGACUCAUCGGAGGCGGCGGCGGCGGCGGCGGCGGCAGCAGCAGCAGCUGAAACCCUAGCCGACGGUGCCACGAUGGGACGGGACAAGACGCUACCGGCCGGAAUAGAGCUCGGGUUGGAUGUGCUGGGCAGCAGCACGCAGUGGGUCGUGGCUGGUGCGGUGGGCGUCGCGCUUAUAACGAGAGCCGACGUUGAUACGCUGGUGUAUGUAUUGGGGUCCCUCAUCAACGCGGUGUUCUCCAAAGUUUUGAAGAAGAACAUCAAUCAGGUGCGCCCGGAAGGGGCCCAGCUUUCAGACCCAGGGAUGCCGAGCUCGCACGCCAUGGUGAGUUGUUCUGAGCAGCCGCAUAGAGGCGAGCAAGGAAACAAAUCCUGCUGGGGCGCGGCCGUCCGUUCGUGA